CUGACGAGGUGGUUCGGGUAACUGGUUACAAUGCCGCCUGGAUGCCUCCCUGCAAAGGUGUUCCAGGCACGUACCGUGGAGGGGGUGUUUUGGGAAGACCCAGGAGCCAUGGAGAGACUCCCAGGUGGCCCGGGAACACCUGGGAGCCCCGUGGAAUAGCUGGACGAAAUGGCUGGGGAGAGGGAAGGCUGGGCAUCCCUGCUAUAGUUGCUGUCUUCUCAACAUAAUCUCUGAUAAGUGCAAGAGAAUGGAUUGAUGAUUUUUUUAUUUUAUUUUAGCAAUUCGGCAAACCUGUUUUGCCUUGUGUUGUCUCGUUCCGUUUUUAAAUGUACUACCUUGAGUUUAGGUUCGCAAACGCCCCACUUGGACGUACUGACGUCACUUCCAAUCGGACGUCGUCCAAUCCGGUCGGCGCCGCCGAUGCCAUGUUGUGAUCGUUGAGGAAAUCGAUUGUGGCCGAAGUUCACUCGGCAAAGUGGAUCUAAAACUCUACUAAGAGCACAAUUUGACAAGGACCAUGGAGGCGUGAUGGACCUGAAUUUUUACUCCCAUCUUACCGGCGGAAGCGGGCAGCACGACGGGGAUCCAGGGUUCCUGGACCCGCAGUCCUUCAAUGGAUUUGACUCAGACAACAAGUACCCGGGUGGCAGUGACAACUACCUGACGAUUUCCGGGUCAGGCCACCCCUUCCUGGCUCCGUCGGAGACUUUUCACACUCCCAGUCUGGGCGAUGAGGAGUUUGAGAUCCCUCCCAUCUCACUGGACCCGGAUUCGUCCCUCACCGUUUCCGACGUGGUGUCCCAUUUUGGAGAGCUGUCGGAUGCCAGUCCCUCAAACAGCGUGGUGGUCCCUGGGAAUGCCGUGGUGGAAGGCGACGACCCCUCUUUUGCCUCCACGUUUGUCCACCCUCCUUCCCAGGGUCUGGAGCACCUAAGUCUGGGAGUCAUCAACCAGUCUGGAGGCGCCCUGCUGGGCUCGUCUUUGGGAAUGGAUUUGGGCCAUCCCAUCGGGUCGCAGUUUAGCAGCUCAUCUCCGGUCACCAUCGACGUUCCAUUGGGAGACAUGAGCCAAGGCCUGCUGGGCUCCAACCAGCUGACCACCAUUGACCAGUCAGAGCUCAGCGCUCAGCUGGGUCUCGGAUUGGGGGCUGGGAAUAUUUUGCAGCGCCCGCAGUCGCCGGAGCGCCCGCUGUCGGCCACGGCGUCACCCACCAGCUCGCUGCAGGAUGACGACAUGGACGACUUCCGGAGGAGCAUUCUAGUGGAAUCUCCCAUAUCUCAGAACUUCUGUCCCGGCGUCAUCUCCCUGGACCCCGCUGUGGCCGAGGCGCCGCCAUCUGGCCUCGCCUCCGGCGCCUUGCAGCUCUCCAGCCGGAAGGGAGGGAGCGGCAGGGGCGGGAAGACGGGGAAGAAGAAGGAAGACCCUAACGAGCCACAGAAGCCCGUGCCGGCCUACGCUCUCUUCUUUAGGGACACUCAGGCGGCCAUCAAAGGACAAAACCCUAAAGCUACCAUAGGAGAAGUUUCAAAGAUCGUGGCUUCCAUGUGGGACAGCCUCGGGAAGGAACAGAAGCAGGUUUAUAAGAGGAAAAACGAGUUAGCCAAGAAGGAUUACUUGAGAGCACUUGCAGAGUACAGGGCCAAUCUCAACUGUCAGGUUCCCAUCGAAGUGUUGGAUUCGGCACCGUCGCCGCCUCCGGCCCCAGCCUCUUCUCGCCCUAGCAGGGCCCAGCAGUACAACCCCGAGGAGAACACCAUCACCAACAUCUGCACUUCCAAUAUCAUCUUGGACCUGCCUCAGGUCACCACGCGCUCCCGCACGGGCGCCAUUAGACCGCAACCACCGACCGAAUCCAACCCGCCCACUGUCGCCAAGAUCAUCAUCAAGCAGACGCAGCUGCCCUCGGGUGGUGUGUCCGUCACGGCCAUGUCCGCCUCGUCGCCCCGACAGCCGCCGCCGUUGCAGCAAAUGCAGAGCACGCCGCCGCCGCCCAGGUUGCAGCAGAUGGUGCACGCCCAAGCGCCGCCGCCCCUGCAGGCCAAACCUCGGGGCGGCGGCGCCGUGGCUUCAGCCGCCCCACCGCCGCUACAGAUCAAGGUGGUCCCGUCGGUACGACAGGUGGACCCUGGCGCUCAACUCAUUGUGGCAUCGUCUUGUGAAACUUCGGAUUCGGCCAAGGCGGCGGGACAGUCGGCCGCUGCUGCUGCCGUGACAAGAGGGGAGGAAGUGAUGGAAGCGGAGGAAGGAAUGGAGGUGGAGGUGAAAGUGGCCCCCGGGCCUGGCAUCACGCCCACUGGGAGUCCAAACAUUUGCGUGCGCACCGGUUGCACCAACCCAGCGGUGGACAGCAAAGACUGGGACAAAGAGUACUGCAGCAACGAGUGUGUCGCCACACAUUGCAGGGAUGUGUUCACGGCCUGGUGCGCCAUCCGAGGGCAGAACUCCACCACCGUCACUUAGCGGAGGAACCUUUGUAAGGAAUCCAUCCAUCCAUCCAUCCUAUUUGUUGUUGUUGUUGUUUUUAGCGCUUACCCUAUUCAGGGUCAUGGGGAAGCUGGAGUUUUUAUCUCAGCUGAUAGUGACUGAAAGGUGGACUGAACACUGAAUUGGUUGCCAGCCCAUCACUGGGCACAUAGACACAAACAACCAUUUACACCUACAGUCACAAAAUCAGACAACCCCCCCGAAUUGAGCAAGUGAAGGCCAGGAGAGGCUCAGGUAUUGGCACACAUCUUUGAUCCAGUUUGAGGAGUCAAGACGCUGCUGCCGGAUGUUUCUUUAUUCAGCUCUUUGUGACGAUUCAGUUGUGUCUUUGUGUUAUAUGGCUCAUCCGAUUGAGGUGUGUGAGUGAAAUGUGAAAAGCCUGCUACCCUGUUAACAUUUUGGCCGUGGCAAAAGGUGGAACAAAUGCACCCCAUUCCAUCACGCACAAUUAUUUUCUGUCUGUCGUCUGGAUCGUUGGAUCAGGUUUGUCAUUCUGUCGUGCUUGCAAGGUGACUGCUAUAAAAGGCAGCUUCUGACUUUGGGUGAGGGGGGUCACUUUUGGUUUUAGUUUGAGGUUAAAAGAGAGGGCUCAAGGUUUUUAGCGAGGUGCUCGCCAUAUGUACUAGCCGCCUUCAGGACAAAGCAACACUUGAGAACUGGUGCUAAGAUUCAAGAAACAAAAAAAGAACUGUCCUCUCGCUUGGAUUAUCGUUGUUAUUAACUGUGAUGCAUAUCUCGUGUCGUGUGGAACAGCUGAGGUGUCAAGAAAAAUACACCUAUUCUGUUGAUGCUACUGAAAAUGAAUUUAAGAGUUUUUUAAAAAAGAAAUAUGAAAUAUCAUUGAGCGCUUGUGUGCUGAGGAAUUCACCAGGAAGGGCAAAUAAAAUAUUUUAUGUUUUAAUAUA